ACUGGGACUUAUUUGCUUAAAGCACCCGUGGGCAAUGAUCCUCAGCGGGGGGCUGCUCCUGGGCCUCCACACCUUGAUGACCCUCCUGAGCCCCCCGGAAGCUGGGGCCAUCGAGGCUGACCACAUGGGCUCCUACGGACCAGCCUUCUACCAGUCCUAUGAUGGCUCAGGUCAGUUCACCUAUGAUUUUGAUGGAGAGCAGCUGUUCUCUGUGGACCUGAAGAAGAGGGAGGCUGUGUGGCGUCUGCCUGAAUUUGGCAACUUCGACUACUUUGACCCACAGAGCGGGCUGGCCAGUAUCGCGAUGAUCAAAGCGCAUCUGGACAUCUUGGUGGAGCGCUCCAACCGCACCAGAGCCACCAACGUGACCCCAAGAGUGACCGUGCUGCCCAAGUCUCGCGUGGAGCUGGGCCAGCCCAACGUCCUCAUCUGCGUCGUGGAGAACAUCUUCCCCCCUGUCAUCAAUAUCACUUGGCUGCUCAAUGGUCAGACCAUCACGGAGGGGGUGGCCCAGACCAGCUUCUAUGCCCAGCCUGACCAUUUGUUCCGGAAGCUCCACUACUUGCCCUUCGUGCCCUCGGCGGACGACGUCUAUGCCUGCAAGGUGGAGCACUGGGGCCUGCGCGAGCCCCUCUUCCAGCACUGGGAGCCCCAGGUGCCUCCCCCGCUGCCAGACACCACGGGGACCCUGGUCUGCGCCCUCGGCCUGGCCCUCGGCCUGGCCGGCUUCCUCGUGGGCGUCGCCCUCAUCAUCACAGGCACGUGCCUGUCCAGCGCCCCCAGGUAACAGCCCUUCUGAGAGAGGCAGGUGUGGGAGACGCCCCAUGGCUCCCUGGCCAGGGUCUGACCUCCCUUGCACGCUCAGCGCCAGAGUCUGCCGUGUUCAUCCCCACCGUGUGGACUUUGAACGGGAUCACAUUCUGUCCUAUAAGUCUCCUCCUCUUUGGCCCUGUACUCAUGGCAGGGGCUUGUGGGGCACCAAGGAGCUCCUCCCCACCCCCCACCCCCCAUUUUCUUGCUCUACCCAAAGCCCUGGCUAGCAGCAGUAAAAUUUUAA